CGGCGCGGCGGUGCAGCGAGAAAGGCGCGGAGAGAGGGCGCUGCUCUGUGGCUCUGCCACCUUCCGCCAGCUCCCCGGCUUUCCCCGCGCGUCUCCGGCGCCUCCUCGCUCCUCUUGCUUCCCCGCGACCCCUGCGUUCCCGUGCGCGCGCGUCCGCUUGCCUGUUUCGUGUCGCCGUCGCUGCCCGGGCCAUGGCGACCUGCUUUUGGCUGCGGAGCUGCGGGGCCCGUCGCCUCGGGUCGACGUUUCGAGGCUGCCGCCUCCACCCCCGCGCCGGCGGCCUGGUGCCUGCCCCCGGGCCUGCGCCCGGCCCGGCCCAGCUCCGCGGCUACGCUGGGGGCCUGGCGGGCCUCUCUGCGGCGCUGCUGCGCACCGACAGCUUCGUGGGCGGCCGUUGGCUCCCGGCCGCCGCCACCUUCCCCGUGCAAGACCCGGCCAGCGGCGCUGCCCUGGGCAUGGUAGCCGAUUGCGGGGUGUCAGAGGCCCGCGCCGCCGUGCGCGCUGCCUACGAGGCUUUCUGCAGCUGGAGGGAGGUCUCGGCCAAGGAGAGGAGUUCAUUACUUCGAAAGUGGUACAAUUUAAUGAUACAAAAUAAGGAUGACCUUGCCAGAAUAAUCACAGCUGAAAGUGGAAAGCCACUGAAGGAGGCACAUGGAGAAAUUUUCUAUUCCGCCUUUUUCCUAGAGUGGUUCUCUGAGGAAGCCCGCCGUGUUUACGGAGACAUUAUCUACACCCCAGCAAAGGACAAGCGGGCCCUGGUCCUCAAGCAGCCCGUAGGCGUGGCUGCAGUCAUCACCCCGUGGAAUUUCCCCAGUGCCAUGAUCACCCGGAAGGUGGGGGCCGCCGUGGCAGCUGGCUGUACCGUGGUGGUGAAGCCUGCCGAAGACACGCCCUUCUCCGCCCUGGCCCUGGCUGAGCUUGCAAGCCAGGCUGGAAUUCCUCCAGGUGUAUACAAUGUUAUUCCCUGUUCUCGAAAGAAUGCCAAGGAAGUAGGGGAGGCAAUUUGUACUGAUCCCCUGGUGUCCAAAAUUUCCUUUACUGGUUCAACAACUACAGGAAAGAUCCUGUUGCACCAUGCAGCAAACUCUGUGAAAAGGGUCUCCAUGGAGCUGGGAGGCCUUGCUCCAUUUAUAGUAUUUGACAGUGCCAACGUGGACCAGGCUGUAGCAGGGGCCCUGGCAUCUAAAUUUAGGAACACUGGACAGACUUGUGUUUGCUCAAACCGAUUCUUGGUGCAAAGGGGCAUCCACGAUGCCUUUGUGAAAGCAUUUGCUGAGGCCAUGGAGAAGAACCUGCAUGUAGGUAAUGGAUUUGAGGAAGGAACUACUCAGGGCCCAUUGAUUAAUGAAAAAGCAGUAGAAAAGGUGGAGAAACAUGUGAAUGAUGCUGUUUCUAAAGGUGCCACCAUUGUGACAGGAGGAAAACGACACCAUCUUGGAAAAAAUUUCUUUGAGCCCACCCUGCUGAGCAAUGUCACCCAGGACAUGCUGUGCACUCAUGAAGAGACUUUUGGUCCUCUGGCACCAGUUAUCAAGUUCGAUACAGAGGAGGAGGCUAUAGCAAUCGCUAAUGCCACUGACGUUGGGUUAGCAGGAUAUUUUUACUCUCAAGACCCAGCCCAGAUCUGGAGAGUGGCAGAGCAGCUGGAAGUGGGCAUGGUUGGCAUCAAUGAAGGAUUGAUUUCCUCCGUGGAAUGCCCUUUUGGUGGAGUGAAGCAGUCUGGCCUUGGGCGAGAGGGGUCCAAGUAUGGCAUUGAUGAGUAUCUGGAACUCAAGUAUGUGUGUUAUGGGGGCUUGUAGAAUUCUUUGGUUCUUUAAAAAAAGUUAAAAGGAGACUUUCCUACAUAUAUAGGUACAUGCCAUCCAUUAUUUUAAAUGAACUAAUAGGUUUUCAGAAUUGUGAAUUUUUCAAAACUCAUCCAGUCCUGGUAAUCUUAAACAGAUGCAAAUCCUACCCCUGCCCUUAACCUAACUAGGGACCAAUAUAUGCCACGUGCCUGUGACUGCAGACUCCCAGAGAAUCAGCACUGGGUUUACAGAAUGAGGCCCUGGCUCCCCACCACAGCCCCGACUGCCUCAGAACAGGCACAGCACGAGGCAGGCCCAGCCCCUUGGGCUGUCACAAAGGCUUGAUCACUGCCUGGGCAGUGACACAACCAUCCCCAACGUCACUACAGAACAUGGGCCCAGAGCACCUUGAAGGAGACCCUUGACUGUGACUGGCAGGCAGGUGAGGGGCACAGCACCCCUCCCCGGCAUCUGCCAGCUCAGCACUGAAGGCACCGAAUGUGCAUCUAGAGAUGUUAAGGCAGAGGUUUGAGUGAACCCUCUUUCAAAGACAAUAAAUAGCACAGAAUUGUCCGUGCUUCUGUGAGGAUGAAGAAGCACCUCUCCCUAUUCCGGAACCAUUUUUUAAUUAACAUCUGUAUUGUCCUAAAUUUACCGCUUAAAGAAUUCUAUUUUCAUUUCUGUCCUGUUCACCACUUCAUUUCGUUUCCUUGAGGAAAUGAGCUGAAGUGUAAAGCAAAGAAUAGCAGAAGGAGCUUGGUAGGAUGGAAGGCACGCAGUGGCGUGGCCUGGCUCCUUCCCCAAGUGGCCUUGUUGCCUUGUUGCCCUGGGUGUGUGCUGAGCACCUCCCAUCCCAUGCAUACAGUGGAGAUUCCAUACAGGCCUCACUUAGCUCCCUGCGAUAUUGUGAGCCAGAGAGAAAGUAAAAGCACUUCACAAGAAAAUGAAAAUUCUAAGGCCAUACAAGAGCCAUUGUUAUGAGCAGCACCACUUAGCCCUUCCUUGCCUACUGUCAGUAGCUUUGCCAAGAUGGGAGGAGGCCAAUGCAACUUGCCCACCCACCUGAGCCUGAGUAAGUGGCUGUCACCUGCAGCCUGUUCUUUCUGUCCUGGUGUGGUGCUGCUUCCUUACCUCCAAAAGAGCAAAAGCACUUUCACCACAGUCAGCCCAAAAGGGAAAGAAUUUCUGUAAUUGCCAAUCCACUUUGUAGAAAAGACAUGAGCCCUUGAAUUUCAGGCACCUUUUAUCUAAUAAGAGUUUUUAUAGUUCAUCAUUCAAAUAACACACACACACACAAAGCCCCUAUGACCUGCGUUGCCUCUCACUUUGAAAGAAAGACUCUGUAAUCUUAAACAGAUGCAAAUCCAAUUAGGCGACCAAGUAGGUGGAGAUGAAGCGCCUUCCUUUCCCCAUCUCUCUCUCUGUAGAUUCCACUUACAUCUUGUGGUUAUUCUGGGUUGUGGAAGGAAAAUGUGAAUGAAAGUCAUGCUAGAUUCAAUUACUCCUGAACCCCACCUAGGAUUUAACAUCCCUCAUUGAGCCACUGGGAAGCUAUGGUUGAGUAACUAAAGGUCUGGCAAGUCCCUGUGCACACAGGAAACUGCCUAGCAUCUGGCCUGGGGUUUACUAGCCACAUCCCCAAGGUCUCAAGGAGAAAGAAGAGCUGAAAUUCUUCCUAGUGACACUGCCGUGGCCCUGUCAGGAAUCACAUACUCAGCAUUUUGACAGUUAAUGUCUGCUCUUUAUUUGUAUAGUUUUUAGGUGGUUUUAUAUAACAUUUUAAUUACUUAUGAUUUAGAUAUAUCCAUCUUUUUCUAUUAAGAAUACAAAUGCUCCAACAUUAUUUUUUAUAACUCUGGAUUACCAAUGCUGAGAAGUGUGUAGGAAUACUUCCAAAUAAAUUUUUCACAUUGUAAGCCAGUAGAUUCUUUGGCUGGGUGGCACGUUUUCAGUCUUCUUGCAUAUUUGGCUCAUGGGUUCAUAAAUUGAGGCCAGAGACUCAUUGUAUAUCCUUGAUCGAUUUUCUAAUUUAAAGAAAAUAGCUAAUUGUUUAGUAAAAUUGUCCUUGGUUGUGGGAAGAAAGAGAAGGGUUUUUAACUGAACAUUUUUGUGUUUUUUUAAAAUAAAGUAGCCAUAUGUAAUGGGAUUUUAAAAAUACAUACAUUUUACAACAUGGACUAGAAAAGGACUGUUAGAUCAGGGGUUGGCAAACUAUGGCCCACGAACCAAACCUGGCCUGCCACCUGUUUUUAUACAACCUGUGAGCUAAGAAUGGUUUAUAUGUUUUCAAAUGAUUGGGCAGAAAAUCAAAAGAAGAACAAUAUUUCAUGGCACCUGAAAAUUCUAUGAAAUUCAGAUUUCAGUGUCCAUAAAUAAAAUGUUAUUAGAGCAUAGCCACACCCAUUCAUUGAUGAUAUGGUCUGGGACUGCUUUCUUGGCAGAGUUGAAGAGUUGGGACAAGGACAGUAUAGCCUGCAAAGCCUAAAGUAUUUACUACUUGUCUCCUUAAAGAAAAAGUUUGCCAGCUCCUGAUCUAGACCAAGAGGGAGAUAUUGACCUUAUUCGCAUUUAUCAGGCAUUAUUGUAUUAUACUGAACACCUCCUGUGAAGAAAGUACUUUUCCAGCAUUGCUACCAUGAGUUCUCAGCAGGAACUUCCCAGCGAUGAUAACGUAGAUGAAAUUAGGCAUAUAACAAGAUUCUAUUGGCCUUGAAAAAAUGGUUCUCCUUGAACUUCCUCCAGCUAUGCAGGGAUUGUCAUUAAAGAGUUGAUCUGCAUCUGUUUAUGCAUUUUAGUAGCUUUUAAAUACGAUUUUAUGUGAAGUGCCAUUUCUUCAUUCUACUAAAGAGACACAGCAGAAAUAAAGAUCAGAAGCAAAUGUAAGCAAAUCUGUUUUAUUGUUAACUUCAAUUAGGAACUUGAAAUUGUGCCACAUGUUUUUUUCCUCUAAAAACUGGAUCCUAGUGUUUUAAUUACCUAUGUGCAGCUAUUUUAAAUAGCAUUUUACUUGAAUAAUAUUUAUGUUGUCAUUGUUUCAUGCUAUACUUUGUGGGAUAAAACUUGGGAAUGAGUGUGCUAAGGAAUUUAUAAAGUUUUGCUUUUUAAACAUGUGGAUAUAACUCAUUUUUCUAGUUUUUGACAAUUGUGUGUUUUAGUGUCUAGUCUGCAGACAGCGCUGUGUGUGCGAUUAGUAAAUGUUGAAUUAACAAAAUUUUCUCUCCCUGU